AUGGCCAGUCUGCGCCCCCGCCGCCUAAUUGGCGUCUCAACUAAGAUGUAUCUCUCGUUCGCCAACACGCAGUCAUACAUCACUGCCCUACUUGAGUCUAUACGGCGCGAUCCGUCGGCGGCAAAUCAAGUCGAUGUAUUUGUCCUCCUCGACUACGUCAGUCUCAUUCCAGCCAUCUCACAAGUAGAACGCGAUCCCGUCGGCUCGCUGCUGGUGGGUGCUCAGGACUGCGCGGCGGAGGACGAAGGUGCUUUCACGGGCCAGGUGUCCCCCAAGGUCCUGGCAGAGGCCGGAUGCAAGAUGGUCAUGGUGGGGCACGCGGAGAGGAGGAGGAUGUUUGGCGAGACGGAUGAGCUCGUUGCGCGAAAGGCUGCUGCCGCCGCCAGGAACGGGAUGAUUCCGUUGGUGUGUGUCGGGGAACGCACGCGAGGAGGACAGGUCUCGGACGCCGUGGAAUUUUGCAGGACGCAAGUCGAAGCCGUGCUCGCGUCUGUGGCGGAUACGAGCGAGGUGAUUCUUGCUUAUGAGCCUGUCUGGGCUAUCGGUGCGCAGGAGCCGGCUGGGAAGGAGUAUGUCGUUGAGGUCGCCGCGGGGAUUAGGAAGUUGGAGUGUGUCGUGUCGAGAAAGGGAUCCGUCAGGAUUGUUUACGGUGGCAGUGCUGGGCCGGGGCUGUUUGAGGGUGUUAAGGAGGGCGUUGAUGGGCUGUUCUUGGCGAGGUUUGGACUUGAUGUUGAGAGGUUUUGGGGGACUGUUGGUGAGGUUGCUACGGCUUCGUAG